UAUUGAUUGAAAGUAUUAUAACUUUAAUUGAGUUGAAAUGGAAGUAGUUGAACUUUACCAAACCUACAAGUUUGAGAGUCGCGAAAAAUAUUUGGCAUUGAAAUGGAAGAUAUCUCACGUGGUGCUUUAUUUAUCUUGCAGUCUGAUUGGUUUUGUUGGCAGCGCUGUAGUGCGUAUAUCAGAGCGCAGUUUAGAUCAGGAAUGCUUGUUUUACAGCAAAAUAGUCGCUGAAAAAGAUGAGGUUGAGGAGAAAUGGUAUGUGUUGCCCAGUCACACAGUUUGGAGCAAGCAUCACUGCUACGGAAUUAUGUUUGUUUUUACCAUUUCCUUUGUUUAUGGAAUGAUAUGGACGGUGUACUUUUUUACUUGCUCUGUCAGUCAGUACAGAUACAAAAUAAAGCGUUUGGAAAGUUUUCAUGGCUACGGACCUCCACAAAGAUUGGUUCUUCCCGCACUAGUUUUUAAUGUUGUAAUGACUUUAAUUUCUGGUCCUAUAGCUAUUGACGCAUGGAAUGGUCUUGUUGUUUUUUUUUCAAUAACAUAAUGGAAAUUAC